AAUGAAUGAGCCCAUGAAAGUGUUGAGGAACAACAUGUUGUCGUUGCAUGCGCAUGUGGACAGCAGGUUGAACUUCAUGCAGAGCACUUUGGACCAGAUCCUGGACAUCCUAACAAGGCCAGGAUUUAGGCCACCAGCACAAUCGCUGUUGCCGUUAUCGGCGAUGUCAGGCCCUUUUCCAGUUCGAGCUGGUUCACAACCAAGUGGUACGUCCGCAGCAGCCGCACAGACUGUUGCAUCUUCUUCUUCGGGUCCAGCGGUGAUAGCUACAUCACCGCAACAACCUGUUCAGCAACCUGGACAGACGCAAGGUCAAUGGUAUCCUAAGACCCCAAUGAAACCGCCUCUUGCCUUCUCAGGCGAGAGGAAGGACGAGGAACUCAACUUAUGGCUGAGAACGGUCCCGGUUUGGGUGAAGGCAAAGAGGACCUUGCCUGAGGACGAAGUGGUAACUGCUGCAUCCUACCGUGAGGGUAAGGCAGCCAAGUGGCUAGAUGGAGUAGUUGUAAAGGCCGGGUACGGGCGACACAUGGCAGAUUGGGCUAAGUCUUUGACUCUCGACCAAUUCAUGGAAAUGGUAGAAGCUCGAUGGCAUAAUCCACAGGAGGCGCAAAGGGCCACGGAUGCCAUUAACAAACUGGACCAACGCAAGUUCAGGUCAGUUAGAGAGCUUACAACUACCGUCGAGAGCCUGAUCCUCGUUCCAGGCAUCAACUACAGCGAUCAGUUCCUAUUGACUACAUUUGUCAGAUGUCUCCCAGAGAACAUAAGGAACUUACUAGCCAGCGAGGCACGCACUGAGUACCACUCGUUUGAGACAUUGUCUCGGAAAGCCUUAGACUUAGAGGCCACGCUAGGCAAUGCUCAACCCACCUCAGGGAAUGACUCAAAGAAGAAGAAGAGUCCUCAGGAGUGGAAGAAGAAGGGGGUGAAGUUGAUGAUGGUUGAGUCUGAUGGGACUCAAACUGAGAUCGAUGAGCUCUCUGACCUGAUGGACUACUCAGAGUAUGACGGCGAGGAGGUAGUUGAGGGUAGCACCCUCGCCGCGGUAGUUAAGACUAAGGCGGCAGGCCGAGGGAAAGGGAAUCAUCCCGAAGCCAACGGACAGGCCGAACAAAUGAAUAGAGUUGUACAACACUUGCUGAGGCAUUAUAUCAAGCCCAACCAGGAUGACUGGGAUGAGCAGUUACCUCUCAUCGCCAGCGUGUACAACAAUGCUAUACAUAGCAGUACCGGCGUUAGUCCUAACCAGCUGCACUUAGGAUGGAAGCCUAUAUCAGCAUUAGACUUCCUCCUACCUGAAAACCGACCUGCUGCAACUCUAGGCACACUUGAAUACGGUGUGCAAUAUGAGAAAUUGCUGCAAGAUGCUGUUGAACAUAUGAAGAAGGCUCAGCAAGCCAUGAUCGCUUCUGAGAAUCAACAUCGCAGACAGUCCACAUUUCAGGUAGGGGAACGUGUCUGGGUCAAGGCUAGUGAGUUAGGACAGGAAUUCGGAAUAUCUCGCAAACUAAUGCCUCAAUGCUUUGGUCCCUGGGAAGUCUUGGAUGUAGUGGGAGAUGAAAUGGAUGGUCCUACGUACGUCAUUCAUGUCCCUGGACACCUACGCACUCACCCAGUCUUUCAUGCCUCAAAGCUUGCACCUUUCGCUGAGACUGAUCAAUUCCCUUCCAGGAGAUCGAUGUUGCCCCCAACCAUGGAUGGACAAGUCGACAUCGACGAUAUUGUGGAUCACAGGGAUAUGCCUGUUCCGAAGUCACUGGGUCGAGGAAGACCUCCUAAGCCCAAGAGGGAGUACCGGAUCAGAUUCAGGCAUCAUACGGAUCCGAAAGAAGAUCGGUGGUUUUUCCGUGAGGAACUGAUGGAAACAGCUCCUCAGGUGGUGGCAGACUAUGAAUGGAAGCUAAAAGGGAAGGCACCUGCGAAGUAAGCAUCUCAGCGGAUUUUCGAAGCUAAGGGGGAUGGAAUGUGAGGAUUGAGCGCUCAAGUAGGGGCCUUGCCAUGAUGUACAUGUUCUGGGCUAAGGCCCUAGCAAGCCUCGUGCCCGCCCUAAGUGAAGGCGGGCCAGCAAAUCAACAAGAGCCCUCUGU